AUGCUCAAUGUCACUAAAGCCAAUCUACUUAAAAAUCAAGCUGCAGGUAUGUCAACCGAUGCUGGAACACUACAUGAUAAUGCCAACCAACUGGCCUCUCAAGCUAAGGGUGCUAGCGCUCUAGAUCCUGAGGCACUUAAACAAAAAGCUGGUGAAAAUGAUUCCGAUCCUGACAAACUCCGACAAUUGGCCACAACACUUCAUGAUAGAGCCAAUGCCCUAUACAGUGCAAUGGGUAGUGAUAGUCCUCCUGGUAAAGCGGAAGCCCAAGCACUUGCCGCUGCUGUCGGUCCUGAAGAUAGGGCUCCUGAGGAUGGUAAACCUAAUACUCUUCGACAGGCACUCGCAGCACUUGGUGAUGAUAAAGGUACUGAUCCUGGUCAACUACCUGCUCUGGCCAAUGUUGUUAAAGAACAAUACGACAAAGUCAAACUUCUAUACGCUGCAGUUCAGAAACAAAAAGCUAAUUAUACUGAUGACAAGGGUCAAGCACAAUAUGGUAGAGUUGUAACCGCAUGGAAUGCUUUCAAUAAUCUCUACCAAGAGGCUUUCAAGGCUGAAAUUAGUACACAGACUUUCCCAAGUAUGAUGUCAAUGUCACUACUCCUGGUAACUGCGGCCCAAGCACUUAAAGAGAUGGCUCAAAGUGUUGGUACACUUAGUGAUCUUGGUAAUAAAGCCGGCACUCUAGCCUCUGAAGCUGGAACUCUAGCCGGCGGUACUGCUUCUAAUGCCGACAACGUAAUAACCAACUACAACACAUUAGAAGGAACAUACAAUGGACUAAGUACUCCUACUGAGAAGGCCAAGGUCGAGAAGGAAUUUGGAACUGUCAAACAUCUAUACGACCGAAUGCUCAAUGUUACUAAGGCCAAGAAACUUAAAGAUGCAGUUGGUACUGGUUCGGGUGACAAUAAGAUAUGGCAUAAGGCCAGCCAACUAUAUGAAAAAGCCAACUCACUAGCAGAAGCCUCUAAUCUUCGAGCUCCAGAAGAUCAACAACCUGAUACUCACAAAGAACUCAGAAAUCUUGCCGAAACACUUCGUGAUGCUGUAGGAGAAAGUACCAGCUCUGGUCUCCAAAAGGCCCUCACAGAUCUCAAUGGUGCCAGAACUGAUGAUCCCAAGGACUUAAUUACUAAGGCCCAAGAUGUAGUCACUAAGUACAAUGCUGUCGUUGAAGCCUAUGAUAAUGUCACCGAAAAAGAACAGUCAUAUACUGCUGCUCUUGGUGGUCCUGGUGGUGAUUUUGCAGCUAAAUACACCCAAGUUGAAUCUGCUUUCACUGCACUUCAAACCGCCUACAACCUUGGAAAGUGUAAGGCUAUCGUUCCUAUUUUUGACAAACCUUGGAUUAGAUAA